AUGGCGAAACGUGCAGGGACGGUGCGUAGCACGGUACGGGAGCGUCGCGGUUCUGUGCAGGAUCGAAAGCGUGCAGCGCCGGGUGCUUUGCCGGCACGCACAAAUGUCCCGCGUGUAGCCAGCGAGCCUGCACUGGACAUGCUGCGCGAUGGCGCACUGGAGAUGGGAGAAGAAAUGGAGGAAACGGAAGCGGAAGCGUCCGAUGCAGAAGCGUCCGAUGCAGAAGCGUUUCCUGAGAUAGACAGAGGAGACGAAGAGGAGGAGGAGGAGGAGGAAGAAGAAGAAGAGGAAAACGACAAAGACUUUUUUUCUGGCUUCGACAGUUCCGACCUCGAGCACUGGGACGAGGCUGAUGACGCGGUGCAUGGCGACGGGCAUACCACCACCGACGACUCCGACGUGGAAGAAGGAGACGCUGCUCUGGCGCGCAUGCUUGCGCGCGAGCGCGCAAAACCGAGCGAGUCUGAUGUCACUACCAACAAGCUCGGAAUCGAUACGCGCAACGCGGUGCGCUUCUACGACGCGGACCGCAACGACGACGGCUCAUUCCGCCCCCAAGUCGUCCGCUCGCACAUCACUGGCGAAGACAGACUGGUCUAUCCCCCCAUUGAGCCCAACUACGACAGCGACUCAAGCACCGAAGAGACCGAGAACCGGAUCGGAAACGUGCCGCUCGCAUGGUACGACGACCUUCCUCACGUGGGGUACGAUAUCAACGGCAAGCGCGUGCUGCGCCCCGCACACGGGGACGAGCUAGACAAGUUUCUCGAUACCGUCGAAGGCGACGGCGACGCAUGGUUCUCUGCCAAAGACAAGACCAGCGGCAAAGACGUGCGAUUGUCCGACGAGGAGCUCGACAUUAUCCAGCGCCUCCAGCGUGCCGAGAUUCCCCUGGACGCGUACGAUCCGUACGAGCCCGCAACCGAUUGGUUCACGCGGCACGAAAGCGUCAUGCCGCUCACAGCGCGUCCCGAGCCCAAGGCGCGGUUCGUGCCCAGCAAGUGGGAGCACAAGAAAGUCAUGAAAAUUGUCCGAGCGAUCCGCCAAGGUCGAAUCGUCGCUCACGCCCCUGGCAAAGAAAAGCCCCCCUUUUACAAUAUAUGGCACGAUACGGAUGCGCCUGCCGCGGAUCAUGUCAUGCGCAUGCCUGCACCGAAACUGCCGCCGCCUUCGCACGUCGAGUCGUACAAUCCUCCCGAAGAGUACCUCUUUAAUGACGAGGAGCGCGCCGAGUGGGAGGCUGCCGAGCCAGAGGACCGCAAACUUUCUUUUGUCCCAGCCAAGUACGCCUCGCUCCGCCAGGUGCCGGGCUUUGAUGCGGCACUACAGGAGCGAUUCCAGCGCUGCUUGGACCUGUACAUGGCACCUCGUGUGCACCGCAAGCGCAUCGAAGUCGAGGAUGCCGAGGCGCUCCUACCGCAGCUUCCAGCGCCGCGCGAACUGCGGCCUUUUCCGGUGCAUGCAGACGUUUGGUACCCUCAUGCAGCGCGUGUGCGGACAUGUGCUGCCGAUCCGACUGGUGCGUGGCUUUUGACGGGUGCGGAGGAUGGCUUGGUACGGCUAUGGGAUACUGCAAUAGGUCGGUGCAUCUCUACGUGGGACAUGAACGUGGGUGUACCGAAAGGCGAUCAUGGGCCGGUGUAUAGUGUCCAGUGGUGUCCGCUGCGCCAGUAUGCACUGGCGGCCGUUGCCUCGGUCGGACGCGUGGUGCUGCUUGCGCCGCCCGCGGCAGCUGGCGCACCCCAAAGCUCUGCAUCGUUUGCGUAUGCGAGCGCUGCAUUUGCCAACGCGGCAGAUUCACAAGGCGCGGUCCGCUGGACGCGGCCGUCGGAGUCAGAGCGAGCUGUAGGGAUCUGUGCGUGCAUUCAGCUUGCCGCGCCGCGCGCCGGCGGCGGUAGUGCACCGCUCGUUGCCAAACAGCUCCGGUGGCACGGGCGUGGCGACUACUUUGCAACGGUAUGCCCCGAAGCAGGCACCACAAGCAACACUGUCCUGAUCCACCAGGUAUCGACGCACCGCUCGCAAGCACCGUUUAAGCACGAUAAGCGGAAACGGAGCGCUGCGUACGCCGUGCAGUGCGUCGUAUUCCAUCCGUCGCGCCCGUUGCUGUUUGUCGCGACACAGCGCUACGUCCGUAUCUUUGAUCUGGUCCGGCAGACACUGCACAAGACAUUGCAGCCAGGUGUGCGCUGGAUCAGCUGCAUGGACGUGCAUCCCAGUGGCGAGCAUUUGCUGGUCGGUUCGUACGACCGCCGUGUCCUCUGGUUCGAUCUUGAUCUGAGCGAGCGGCCGUACAAGACAUUGCGGUAUCACACGCGCGCGAUUCGCAGCGUUGCCUUCCACCCGCGGUACCCCUUGUUUGCCACAGGGGCGGACGACGGCACAGUGCAUGUAUACCACGGCACGGUGUACUCGGAUCUCUUGCAAAAUGCGCUGCUCGUCCCGCUCAAGGUGCUGCGUGGGCAUUCGGUGCAAGAGGCGCUGGGCGUGCUGAGCCUAAUGUGGCAUCCUACCCUUCCCUGGCUAUUUAGUGCAGGCGCGGACGGCGACGUGCGACUUUGGACUCCAUAG